GUUUACAGAAGGGAGCCGGCUGGGCGUCACGUGGCCUCCAGCUGGCCGGCUGGCUAAUGGGACGGGCACCUGCCUGGCACCGGGAGGGAGCCCAGGCAGCGGAGCGAUGGAGGCGCCCCGGGAAGACGCCCUGCAGAGCUCCUGGGUGGAGGUGCCCCCGCUUGACCUGGAGGAGCCCCCCACACCGGCCUGUGCGCCCCACCGCGACAUGGAACGGAUCCUCCUGGAGGCGCAGCUGGAGAUGGAGCCGCCGCGGGCCGAGGGCUCCUUCCUUGCACUGAAGGCGCCUGGUGUGGAGGACCUGAGCCCAGGGCAGAGGGAAGACGCUGAAGGGUCUGUCCAGCUGGGGACCCUGCCCUGGUCGUGGCCCAGCCCCCCUGAGCACCAAAAGGAGCUGGCCUGCCUGCCCCCUGCGUGUGCCCCCCUGCUCAGCCCAGUUCUACACAGGAGGAGGGGGUUGCGGGACCCCCAGCUGCUGCUUCUGGUCAUCCCCUCUCUGCUGCUCAGCCACGUCUUGGCCUUCGGCCUUGGCAUUUGUAUUGGGAAGCGUCUGGCUGCCUCCCCAGCAAGCAGCCUGUGAGAAGCCGCGAGGGCCUCCUGGGACACCCACCCCACCCCAGCUCCCCUUUCUCCACGCGCCCCACCAAACUGUUGCACGGCCUCAUCUUGCCCAAGACCACCUGAGAAGUGGUGCAGAGCCCAGCAUCAAACCUGGUACCCUCACCCACCCACUUCCGUGUGCACAACCUUCCUGGCCUCUGCUGUGGGGCCCAGCCUUCAUGGACUUAGCCCCAAAGCCCCCUCUCCACUUUCCCUGCUGCAGUGGGGCUGAGGGGAGUGGGUUGCUG